GAAUAAUAUAACCUGCCAUAAAGAGUUCACAAGAAGAAGUAUCUGUCCUGAUUAUGAAUCUCAUGGAGUCUUUAGCUAGUAAUGUCAUCGGUUUUAAACGAAGUGUGAGCCCAGUCUGAACAGUGUAGGGACCGUCUUGUGCUCGUCUUUUACUGCACAGGGGGUAAACAGGUAGUGAACUACUUUGAAAGAUGGUGCAGCUGCAUGUGAAGCGUGGAGUUGAGAGUCAAUUUCUUUUCAGCACCACUGUGGACGCGACUCUGGAGACGGUGAUCCAGCAGAUUACAGCCAUUUACAACGGGAGACUCAAAGUGGACAGAAUAUGUUCAGAGAUCCCAGAGCUGGCAGACCAUGGCAUCACCCUGCCACCCAACAUGCAGGGGCUGACAGAGGAGCAGAUUGUGGAGCUGAAACUGGCGGAUGAAUGGGAAGACAAAUGCGUGCCCAGCGGAGGGCCAGUAUUUAAGCCUGAUGAGAUUGGGAGGAGGAACGGACAUGCUCCAAAUGAUAAAAUGAAAGAGGUGUUGAUGAGAACAAUGGAGGAGGCAAAGGCACUGAUCUCCAACAAACAAGUUCAAGCUAAUGUUUGUGUCACCAUGGGGAUGGUAAAGGAAGCCCUGGAUCAGCUAAGGGGUGCAGUCAUGAUCGUAUACCCCAUGGGGCUGCCUCCUCAUGACCCUAUCAGGAUGGAGUUUGAGGACCGGGAAGACCUUUCAGGAACACAGGCAUCUCUGCAGGUGAUCACGGAGGACGAGUGCCAGCUAUGGUGGGCUGCCAAAGAGAUGCAGAGGGGGAAAAAACUACAGGACUACAUUGGCAAAAAUGAAAAGACGAAGCUUGUGGUCAAAAUCCAAAAGAAAGGGCAGGGGGCACCAGCGAGAGAGCCUCCGAUCACUGAUGAGCAGCAGAAACAGAUGAUGAUGAAUUACUACAGGAGGCAGGAGGAGCUCAAGAAACUGGAGGAGGCAGACGAUGAUAGCCACCUGGACUCAAAGUGGUCAGACAGACAUGUUCUCAAAAAACAGUUUCAGGGCCUCACCAACAUAAAAUGGGGACCGAGAUAAAGACCACCACCACUCCAAUUCCCACCUUGGACCUGCUGCUCUCACCUGGUCCUUUACAGCUCUAUAUGCAACUGACUAAGAUGCCUUAUCACAAUCCUGAAAUCAGUUUACUGUCGGUGUUAUCUGAGGUCUUCCAGAGAAUAUUAUAUAUAGCAGAUGUGUUCAUAUGCCUCGGGAGUAGAUGUAUUUCUGAACUGAAAUGUGAAGAAGAAGAAGACAUCUGGACCCAUUGAAUGACAGAACAGGUAAUGAUGUCACAUGGAGGCUGAUGUUGUGAUAAACCUGAUUUAUUUGAACUUUACCGAUUGUUUUCACCCUGUUGGAAAGUUACAUUGAAGCUGUGCAAACAAAAUAAAAUUUAAGUUUAAUCUAAA